AUGUCGAACCUUGAAGCAGAUGGGCUACAGCAGCAAAAGACCACAGAGGGAGCCACUCCUGUGUACCUAAUAAAGUGGCCAGUGCUGUGGAGAUACAGUGGAGAAAAACCAACGACUCUGGGUGCUAACACCAGAUUAUACAACUGGAUCCCUCAGAAUGAUUUACUGGGUCACCCCAAGGCCAGAGCUUUCAUCACACAUGGUGGAGCAAAUGGGAUUUAUGAGGCCAUCUACCACGGUGUUCCCAUGGUGGGUAUCCCCUUGUUCGCUGACCAGCCAGACAACAUGAUCCAUAUGAAGGCUAAGGGAGCUGCAGUUAUUGUAGACUUGAACUUCAUGAAGACCGAGGACCUUAGAGAUGCAGUCAAUGCUGUCAUCAACGAGAAAUCGUACAAGGAGAAUGCCAUGCGGCUGUCCAGUAUCCACCAUGACAGACCAAUGAGUCCUCUGGAUGAGGCGGUGUUCUGGAUCGAGUUCACCAUGAGAAACAAAGGGGCCAAGCACCUGAGGGUUCAGGCCCACGAGCUCACCUGGUAUGAGUAUCACAGCCUGGAUGUUGUGGCCUUCCUCCUUGCUAUCAUACUGUUCUUGAUAUUCAUCUUCAUUAAGACCUGCAGUUUCUGCUUCAGGAGGUGCUGUGGCAGAAAGGGAAAGACAAAGACAAAGGCUGAGUAACUGAUGGAACUGAAAUGUAGUUGGUAAACAGAUGGGUGAAAAAACAACCUUUAUAUAACAGUUCACUGGUUUUCCUGCUGGUCUAAAGCAUAUAAUGUAACCACAAUGCCUUGGACUGUGUGACACUUGCUUGGACGGGUUAUUCUGAGUGCUUUGGGACGGGUUAUUCUGAGUGCUUUGAAACAACUAAUUUGGGUAAAAAAUUUUAAAAUCAGUUUACAAUGUCCAAUAUUGGGUUAAAAAACAACCUUUAUAUAGUAGUUCACUGGUUUUCCUGCUGGUCUAAAGCAUAUAAUGUACAUUACAUUUAUCUGACACUUUUAACCAAAGCGACUUACAAUUGCUAUACAUAUCAGAGGUCGCACACCUCUGGAGCAACUAAGUGUUAAGUGUCUUGUUCAGGGACACAUGUGUCACAGUGGGGAGUUGAACCCAGAUUUCUCACAACAAAGGCAUACGUAUUAAUCCACUGCUCCAUCACCAAUGCACAGGACUGUUCAACAAGUGCUGGCUUGGCAUAAGUUAUUGUUAGCAUUUUGAAACCACUGGGUAAAAAAUUUAAAAUACAUUAAAUAUAUCAGUUUACAAUGUCCAAUAUUGUUAUCAAUCUUGUGUGUUGUUUAAGUGGUCACUUUAAUUUUCAGUAAAGAUGAAUGAUUUGGAUGUGCUAUUUGUUUCACAUGUUUUGUAACCAUAAACUCAGUUUUUCAGGCUAGGCUGACUGAACCUCUAGUAAAAACAUUGUUAACCUGUACAUAAACAAACACCAUGUAUUUUCUUUCCAUAAUAUGUGGACAUUU